AACUUCAGGUUCCUAAUGCGGCAUAAGGGUAAUAUAUGUUAUUAUAUGUAUACGUAUAAAAUAAAAAUCAAUUCCAUCUACUGAUAUAAAUCGUACGGUGAUGAUUAGAACACAAUUUCUAAUGACUACACUCGAUGUAAUGUAUGAACCGAAAAUGUACGUAUAGCUGUCGAGUGCCUUGUAAUUAGAUUGUAUUUUACAUAACACAGAAUACAACGUUUUCUGGUCUUUAUUAUGUAAGUAAAUCAAAUGUUAAAGAAACGCGCGUUGACGUUGUGCUACGUCAACGUGUAACGAUCGAAAAUAUUAUUGAUUUACGGUAAAUUGCAACGGUGCCGCGUAUAUUUUUGAAAUAACGGUCAAACGAGAGAAUUAAGUAGAUCGAUUCUGAGCACUCGAUUAUCGAGUGUGCACCGUUCAAAAUAUCGAUACCGAUGAGGAAGUGCUGAUAAUGUUGGAUAAUGUGUACCGCUGCGCUCUGAGUAGACACCGCUAAAUUGUUGAGGUUGAUUUUAUUCGUUUCGGCGAGAGAGGUAUUUUGUUUUGCGUGGCCAACCGCGUAUACGUGAUUCUUGCCUCGUUCUUAGAAUGAAUGUCAGUGAAAUGUAAAAGCUGCUCCUGGCACACGUGCCAUAAUGUCAUCAAAAGGAACGGCCGAGAGGAGUUGCAAGGUACAUUUCCCUGUCUUAUACGAAAGACAGUGACCCACCCUAACAAAAUUCAGUUUAGUCACGCGAAAUCAUCGAACGAUGGAGAACCAUACUGAAGAUAAAACGAUCAACAUGAACGGAAGCGAGGAUCUACAGGAGAAGAUAAACAGGUUGGAAUCAGAAAAUGUUAAAAUGCGAGAGGAAUUCAAUGUGCAAAGAGCCAAGAUGAAGGAAUUGUUUCUCCAAAAAGAAGAAGAGUUAAAAAGAAGGUUACAAGAUAAUACAAAUUUACAAAAAGAGAAUGCCAAAUUGAAAAAUGAAUUGGAUGAGGCAAAGAGUCAGAUAGUCGUCGCGGACUUGAAAAUUCAGAAUGAUAUGCUUAUUGAAAAGAGGAAAGCGCAGGAAGAAAUAGCCUCUUUACAGAGGGUUAUACAUGAGACCGUGGAAGAAUCUUCAUGUUCGCGCAAACAGUUAGAUGCAGAAGUAGCUAAAUUAAAAAUGACUCUUUCCAAGUUACAAGAGGAAAAUGUAUUGUUAAAAUCGCAAUUGCCAAGAGAUCCACCUUUAGAUGGCCCACAGAUAUCUCUCUCCACUGUUACGAAAACGAUAGCUCGAAAAGUAGUCUCACAACUAGGUGCAGAUGCUCUGUCUUUAGGCCCUGACAAUCUCGAAGAGAGCAUGAGGAAGGUAAAAAGAUAUGCACAGGAGGAUGCGGAAGUUUUACGAUCGUUAGUAGUACCACUGGAAGAAGAAAUUAAAGCUUUAAAAGAGAAGCUAAGGGCGACCGACGACGAAUUACAGAAGUGUAAGGAAGCUCAACUACAGAGGAGACAACAAGAACCAGGUUCAUCUGAGCCGGCUUGUGAUAUGUGCGCUAAUUACGAAGCGCAGUUAGUUAAAAUACAGGCAACUGCUAAAGAUUUGGAGAAACAGUUGUUAGACUCGGAACGUAUGCUGCAAGUGCAGAAGGAAGAUUUAGCCAAGGAAGUGGAGUUUCGUAAAGAAAUGGAAGAGAAGUGGAACGAAAAGAAAGAGGAGCAUAAAAUCAAAGUCGCAGAAUUAACCUCUACCUCGCAAACGUUGCAACAAACUUUAACUGAAUUGAAAAGAGCUUUCGAACUGGUACAGAGGAAUGCGAAAGAUGAACUUGUUAAAUUAACACGACGCCGGGAGGAAGUACAAAAACAUCUUAUAGCACUGCAAAAGGAAAAUGAGAAUCUUGUUGGCAAACAUAGCAAGCAUUCCCAGCAACUGCAGAGUGAGAGUAUUAAUAUGCCGAACAAUGUCGAGGAAUUGCACGUUAGCCUUUUGAAAAUGCGAGAAGAUUUGAUCACUGCUAAAGUUGCACAGGAGGUUGCGCAGGAAAAGGAAGUAAUUUUACGAUACGAAGUGACCUUGCUCCACGAACAAAUGGAACAGGAAAAUAGAGUAAAGGAACAAGAAAUACUGGAGUUGAAGAAUGAAAUUAGCGGUUUAGGAACACAGUUAGAUAAAUAUGUCAGAGAUCAUCGAACUCUUGCCGAAAGAGAAGAGAAGCUCGAACGUUUGGAGAAACAACUGGAUGUCGUGUUAAAAGAAAAUAAAGAGGCCGAGUUGAAAGUGGCCGAAUUACGGCAAAGAGUGACGAGUCUUCAACAGGAACUAGAUACCAGCGAAGCAGUCCAGAAAGACUUUGUUAGGUUGUCACAAUCAUUGCAGGUACAACUGGAGAGAAUCAGGCAAGCUGGUAGUGAAGUCAGAUGGCAACACGAGGAGGAUGUAGAAGAAUGUCCCAGUUGUCAUACUGCUUUUACAGUUACAAGAAAAAAGGUACAUUGUCGUCAUUGUGGCCAUAUAUUUUGUCAGUCUUGCCUCUCACACGUUGUGAAAAGUGGACCGAAACAAAGACCAUCCAGAGUCUGUGAUGUUUGCCAUACUUUAUUGGUGCAAGACACAGCACCGUAUUUUAGCCAAGAACCACCACACACACCUGACUAAAUAUUCUAAAGAGAUCAGUCCAACAAGAUGUGCAAUAUCAAUUUGGAAGAUGUAGAGAUGCUAUUAGUACGAGAGGGAGCUAAAUAGAUACGAUUCCUAUUACCUGACAACUGGAGUGAUAAAAUAAAUAUCGUGUAAAUACAAAUUAUGUACUACUUAAUGUUUAUUGUAAUUUAAAAGAUUAAAGCUUUUGAAUGUACGUGAGUUAUUCGAAAAUUAUGAAUAUUUA